ACGGGAGGUUUGCUUAAUAUAAUUUUUUCUGCUGUGCAUCCUUGGAACGAGAGCUUGGAAAGCGAUGUACUAAUCUUUCCUUUUGUUUAACCGGCUGUUGGAGCUGAUGGCGCAUCCAUUGCGCCGGUGUGGAUGCUGACUGGACCUGUUAGCAGCAACACAUGAAGACAAACCCAAAAGGUUUUUACAUAAUAUAUCUACAGGACUGAAGAUCAAUCCAUAGUUUUUUCUCUCUCUCCUUAUAAUAGAAUGAAAAUGAAUGCAUAGAUUUUUGUAGGAAUGAAGAUGAAUAUUUUUUUUCUCACCCUGAACAUAUCUUUUUAAUAACAAAUCUGCUCUACUUUCAUAAAGAUAGCUCUUCACUGUUCACCAGAUACAGGCCUUGGUAAUACUGUCUUUAUGUAAACGUGUUCGAUACUUGCUGCUGAACUUUAUGUAGAUCAGACGUGAUAGGAAUAUAAUAACGUUUCCCACAAAAGGACGGCAAGUUAAAUACACCAGAACAGCAGAAACUUGGGAAUCUCCACUGUGGAGCUCUGAUGGUCGGUAGGACUCUCGGGACUUAAUCCACGUCGUCAUACAUGGAUAAGGCGGAGCAGAUCCUGUCAGAGUUCGGGCUGAAGAAGGACGAGCUCAAAGAAGUGAUGAAGAGGAUGCAGCGCGAGAUGGACCGAGGGCUGCGUCUGGAGACGCACGAAGAGGCCAGCGUGAAAAUGCUCCCAACGUACGUCUGCUCCACCCCUGAGGGAUCAGAGGUGGGGGAUUUCCUGGCUCUGGACCUGGGGGGGACCAACUUCCGCGUGAUGCUCGUGAAGGUGGUUGAGGACGAGGAGAGGAGCUGGAAAGUGGAGACCAAGAACCAGAUGUACUCCAUUCCCGAGGAUGCCAUGACGGGCACUGCCCAAAUGCUAUUUGACUACAUAGCAGAGUGCAUGUCCGACUUCUUGGACAAGCAUCACAUCAAGCACAAGAAGCUCCCUCUAGGUUUCACUUUCUCCUUUCCUGUCCGGCACGAGGACAUCGACAAGGGCAUCCUGCUGAACUGGACCAAAGGCUUCAAGGCCUCCGGGGCGGAGGGGAACAACGUCGUGGGUUUGCUCAGAGACGCCAUCAAGAGACGAGGGGACUUUGAGAUGGACGUGGUCGCCAUGGUGAACGACACGGUGGCCACCAUGAUCUCGUGCUACUACGAGGACCGCAGCUGCGAGGUCGGGGUGAUUGUCGGCACGGGUUGCAACGCGUGUUACAUGGAGGAGAUGAGGACGGUGGAGCUGGUGAAAGGGGAGCAGGGCCGCAUGUGCGUGAACACGGAGUGGGGGGCGUUCGGCAACAACGGCGAGCUGGAGGAGUUCCGGCUGGAGUACGACAGAGUGGUGGACGAGACCUCGAUUAACCCCGGGCAGCAGCUGUACGAGAAGCUGAUCAGCGGGAAGUAUAUGGGCGAGCUGGUCCGGCUCGUUCUGAUCAAGCUGGUGAACGAGAACCUGCUGUUUAACGGCGAGGCCUCCGAGCUGCUGAAGACACGCGGCAGCUUUGAGACCCACUACGUCUCACAGAUGGAGAGUGACACGGGGGACAGGAAACAAAUCUACAACAUCCUGUCCUCGCUGGGCGUCCUGCCCUCGGAGCUGGACUGCGACAUCGUGCGUCAGGUCUGCGAGAGCGUGUCCACGCGCUCCGCGCACAUGUGCGGCGCGGGGCUCGCGGGUGUCAUCAACCUGAUGCGGGAGCGACGCAGCCAGGAGGCCCUGAAGAUCACGGUGGGGCUCGACGGCUCCGUCUACAAGCUGCACCCAUGUUUCCGUGACAGGUUCCACAAAAUCGUCCGGGACCUCACACCUCACUGCGAGAUCACCUUCAUCCAGUCGGAGGAGGGGAGCGGCCGCGGCGCCGCCCUCAUCUCGGCGGUGGCCUGCAAGAUGGCCACCAGCAUGCUGACCCAGUAAAACGAAAUGUAAUAACAAAAAGGGAGCCCUGUGCACUAGGGACAGCGGUGAAGCAAGCCCGAGAACUCAGACCGGAAAACACUGACGACACGUCACUCACAGCCGGCGGCUCGGGCCUCUUUCGGGCUGAGUGGACACUCGCAGCUGGAAGAUGUACAGACAAGAAAGCAACUGUAUUUUAGUAGCAUUAGACCAACGUGUCUUUAACUCUCUGUGCCGCUGCCUGUUGCUUGUUUGGGUGUGAACCUAACUAUGCCAAUGUAUUAUUGAUGAUAAAUUAUGGUACCCAUGCAAUCAACACAAGGAUUCUUAUGUUUCUGUUUUUGUAAAGGCUGCUGUUAACUGGGACUGAAUCAGAUUCACUGCUUUGUCGUGUAGUGAUUUCGGUUUGUGACCGAUGAAUUAUUCCCUUGCUAUUUACGUGUUAUGUUGACCACUCUGUGUUAGGUUGUAGGUUUUCCAUAUGCGCAUGAUGACGUAGUAAAAUGUGCCUUGGGGGCUUUACUUUAAAUAAAAUUGCAUAAUUAAACUAAAAUAUUAUACUUUAAAAUAUUGUUAUUGUUCUUUUUUUCCCGACUGCCAAAUAUUGCUGUGAUCUAAUGCAACAGAUAACAACAUGUUUUUUGUUGAAGUUGUCACUUUCA